AUGAUAAAUAUAAUAAUUGAGAAGGGAAACCAUCAUACCGUACAACAAAUUGGCUAUAGUAGGGAAAUAAAGAACAAUAAAAUGGGAAAGAAUUUGAGCAUUGUAACAAUUUCGUUGCAAUUGUUGUUGGCAUCCACCAGUGCCGGGCAAGUCUUUGACGUUAAAUCAUAUGGAGGACAACCUAAUGCCGAUAUCACCCAGGCUUUGACAAAAGCUUGGAAAGCUGCAUGCGCAGUAGCAGGAUGUAAAGUUGUGAUUUCAGCAGGGACAUACAAACUAGGUGCAGUGAGUUUAUUAGGUCCAUGCAAAGGUGCUAUUGAGUUUCAACUUCAGGGCACCCUACAGGCCCCAUCAAACGUUGGUAAAGACUUUUGGGUUUCUUUUAAACGUAUCGACAGUCUCAUUGUGUCAGGUGGUGGAGCUUUUGAUGGCAAAGGACAAACAGCAUGGCAAAAAAAUAAUUGUGCCAAAAAUUACAACUGCAAAACACUUCCUAUCAAUAUAAGGUUCGAUUUCAUCACAAAUUCAAUAGUCCGUGACAUUCAAUCGAAGGACAGUAAAUUUUUCCACAUAAACGUUUUUGGAUGCAACAACUUGCAAAUCCAACAUGUUACCAUAACUGCACCCGGAGAUAGCCCCAACACCGAUGGAAUCCACAUCGGACAUUCAUCUAAGAUCACCAUCACCAAUGCCAAAAUUGGAACAGGUGACGAUUGCGUCUCCAUUGGUGAUGGAGCCCAAGAUGUUACUGUUAACCAAGUAACUUGUGGACCUGGCCAUGGUAUCAGCGUUGGAAGUCUUGGAAGAUACCAGAAUGAAGAACCUGUUUCAGGAAUCAGAAUAAUUGGUGGCACCCUUAGCAAUACAAAGAAUGGUGUUAGAAUCAAAACAUGGCCUUCUUCCCCUCCUGGGACUGCUUCUGAUAUGCAUUUCGAGAAUAUUAUCAUGAACAAUGUUGCCAAUCCUAUCCUCAUUGAUCAAGGCUACUGCCCAAACAAUCAAUGCUCAAACAAGUCUCCCUCGAAAGUUAAGAUCAGCAACGUUAGCUUCAAGAACAUUAGAGGCACUUCUUCAACAAAGGAAGCUAUGAAGCUUAUUUGCAGUAAAAGUGUACCAUGCCAACAAGUGGCGGUUGCUGGCAUUGAUCUCGUAUACAAGGGAGCAGGAGGAUCUGCUACUUCCACUUGUGUUAAUGUCAAGCCCACCGUUUCGGGCAAACAGAAUCCUCCUGCUUGUACCAGCAAACAAUAA